AUGUUCAUAGUCAUCCAAGGAUUCAUGGAGCUUCCGAUAUAUAAGCCUUCUUCCAUCACUACCACGAUUACAUCACUAUUUGCCCAAGACAUCCCCAUCUCUAACCCUACUUUGGUUAUGCUUGGAACAAAGUUCAGAAGACUAAUGGUGAUCGGAAAGUAUACGAUAAUUCCAACCAAAGAUGAUAAUUUCAGUGCUCAAAAUCGGAAAACUGGUGGUUUUCAGAAAACUGUUGGGGAAUUUUGGAAGAGGAAAGACAUUAUACAGAUCCCUGAAUUGCAUAGAUUCCAGGUUGUGGUGAUAAUUAAGAGCUCUGCAGCUGCUAUCAGCAUUUUUAGGGAGAUUGCAAUUAUUGCUAAGAAUUCUAUCUUGUAUCUUGGUCAACCUCUAAUGACGGAGGUGAUGCAGCUGGAUGGUGGAGAAGAUGAAGUGACGAAGGGUGUGGGUGGUAUAGUAGAUGUUAAGGGUUUGUGGUAG